ACCUGAUCCCGCGUCAUAACGUAGUUUACGUGGUCUCGCAGACGCGUGGCGCGUCAAGACGUCCUCAGCUCACGGUGGUUCUAGUAGGUGUCGCAAAUUCAGCGCACGUCUCUCCGGGGCGGGAAGAGAGAAUACUUCAUUGCAGACGACCUUGGAAGCUCUGAGACAGGGGAAUUUUGACCACUUCUCCACCCUCCGCCUCGCAUGCCGUCCAAUUCAUGGCAGCUCAGGCAUGGCUCAAAAUGCCCGCCGCAAGUUAGGAGAGUCCCUCAUGAAUCAGCACCAUGUAUUCACAAGUCUCGGUAACUUCUGGAGAGACUACUAUCUUCUUCCGUGUUGGGAUCUGUCUGAGCAGCCGGUUGUGUAUCUCGGGGAGGUCUACAACGGAUAUAAACUUAAACGAAGGCUAGGACAUUGGUGCUGGCUGACGGAGCAUUUCACGAUUAGGCAGUACAUGACCCUGAAGUUCCUCCCUCGGUCACCGACCGGACUAGCCGAGCUCAAAAUCAAUGAGUACAUUCGACAGAAGUCGAGGAGUCCUUAUCUCUCCAUCAUAACCGACCAUUUUGAGAUUCCCCAUCACCUAGCUUCCACAAGCGCCGAGCAUAAAGACAUCAAAUUUAACGUGAUCGUCUAUCCCGUAACUGGCACAGACUUGCGUCGGUAUUCGUCAGAGGAAGGCCUUGUAGAGCCCCUAAGCUUCUCCCAGAAAACAAAUUGCAUACGGGAACUCGUCCGCGGCCUCGCCGACUUACAUAGCCUCGGCGUUGUACACGGAGACAUACAUGCUGGAAACGUCGCUCUCCCUGCUCCCCGGGCCACCGACAUUGCGAGUUUCCUCAUGAAGCCACCCGUUGUGAGCGAGAUUCGUCGCAAAGAUGGGCAGCCAAUGGACCCUAUCCUCCCCCAGCGAGUGACCGAGCCAGUGGACAUCGGUUUCGGCGAAGGAAUUACCAAGAUCCUUGAUUUUGGAUAUGCCUUCAUCCCUCAGGAUGGUAUUUCUUACACCAAGGAUUCCUUUGCUUGCGGUACUCCAGCACCUCCUGAACUGGUCCUUGACGGGGCUAGCACAAAGUUCCCGUUUCAAGUUGAUAGCUGGUGCCUGGGUUUAGCGAUCUACUUUAUUCUUACCGAUGGGCAAGAUUUGUUGAUAUCCCUUGGACUUCCAAUGAAUCGAAACAACUGUCUCAUAUCGACGAACAAUUCGCUCAACUCAGGGACGACGAGGAUGAGUACAUUCAAGGCCUUCCUACCGAGUUCAAGCGGAUUCUGCUCGGUCUCUUGCAGCCGAAUCCCGAGCGCAGAUUGCCCAUAGCCGAUCUGGUCCACGACAAGUGGCUCUCACGCGAUAGAAUGUCUGAUGCGACCAAAU